AUGUGUACAGCUCAACUCUGCAUAAGGUGUGGCCUAUGGUUUAAACCAAGCUCCAGGUGAUAUAUAGAAAUCUGACCAAUCUUUUUUGUUGUUUGACAGCCUGACAAUGGUCAGAAAUCAUCUCAUGUUGUGGAUCUUCACGCUGUGUGUUUCACUCGAUCCUUCAGCUGGUCACAAUUUUAAAAUAAAUGGCCAAAAGGUUUAUGAGGUGGUUCGACCAAUCAGAUUACAUGACCUGCAAAAAAGAGAUUUAAAGUCAAGACCUGACACAGUGAAAUACGCUAUGAAACUGGGUGGUAGAGAUAUUGAAAUGCACCUUCAGAGAAAUGAUGGUAUACUGACCAAAGAUUAUAGCGAGACCCAUUACACAAAAGAUGGGACUCUGGUCACAAUCAGACCUGAGGAUCUGGAUUUGUGUUACUAUCACGGGAAAAUAGUGAAUGACAGUGACUCGUCAGUUAGCAUGAGCACAUGUGAUGGACUACGUGGCUAUUUCCAGACAGCUGAGCAGAGGUUUCUGAUUGAGCCAUUGUCAGAGGAUGAUGAUGGAAACCAUGCAGUCUUUGAGUAUGACGAUAUAAAUAAAGACAGGCCUUUGGUGUGUGGAGUAACCAACACUAGUUGGGAUGAGACUGAGGAUGGCUUUCCUCCAAUCGUCAAAAAAUCUCGCUCUCGUUCCUCAGGCCCAACUUUGUUACAGCAACAAAAAUACAUUGAGUUCUUUCUUGUGGCAGACAACAGAGAAUACAAGAAAAUGGACAGCGAUCUUGUCAAGCUGAGAGAGAGGAUAUUUGAAAUCAUCAAUUUCAUCAAUAAUGUCUACAAGGAAAUCAACACUUUUGUUGCUCUGACUGGGUUAGAAGUGUGGACUGACAGUGAUAAGAUAACAGUGUCCCCUGUUGCUGGAGCAACCUUGGAUGGCUUUACCAGUUGGAGAAACAGUGAUCUUAUUAAAAGACAUCGCCAUGACAAUGCCCAGCUCCUCAGUGCAAUUGACUUUGAUGGAGCAACUGUGGGUCUUGCUUAUAUUGGAACCCUGUGUGGAGGUCUUUCAACAGGGAUUGUGCAGGAUCACAACUCUAAAGCCAUAGCAGUGGGGGCCACGUUGGCCCAUGAAAUGGGACACAAUCUUGGCAUGAACCAUGACAGCAGCAACUGCAUUUGUUCUGAAAGCGUUUGCAUUAUGACUGCUGCUCUCAGCUAUACAAUACCUAAGCAUUUCAGCAGUUGCAGUACUAGUAACUAUGAGCAGUUACUGAACAGCAAAGGGCCAGGAUGUCUUCUAAACAUGCCAAAACCAAAAGACCUGAUUCAGCCUGCUGUGUGUGGAAAUAGGUUUGUGGAGACAGGAGAGGAAUGUGAUUGUGGAACAGUGCAGGAGUGUACAAAUCCAUGCUGCAAUGCAACCACCUGCAAACUGACAGAGGGCUCACAAUGUGCAGUAGGCGAGUGUUGUGACAAGUGUAAGAUCUUGUCAAUCUCACAUGUGUGUCGUCCAGAAAAUGAUGAUUGUGAUUUGCCUGAGUACUGCACUGGAAAAUCAGCCGAGUGUCCUGAGGAUGUCUUUACAGUCAAUGGACUCCCUUGCAAGAAUGGGAAAAGCUAUUGCUAUAAUGGCCAGUGCCCAACGAAAGAAGACCAGUGCAUUAAAAUGUGGGGUCCAACUGCUGAGAUUGGUCGAGACUAUUGUUACAAUCAAAACACAAGAGGAGAGAGCUAUGCCUACUGCAAGCGCAACCCUGAUAAAUAUAUCCCAUGCCAGAAAAAAGAUGUGAAGUGUGGUAAACUGUUCUGUGAAAAAGGCACAGCGAGUCCUAAUUAUGGACGGCUGGUAACAUUCAACAACUGUAAAGCCACUUUCUACAGUAAUCCUGAAGAGGAUUAUGGUCAAGUGGAUACUGGCACCAAAUGUGGGGAAGGAAUGGUUUGUAGCCAGAAUGAGUGUGUUGACCUAGAGAUGGCUUACAAAGCAACCAACUGUUCAGCCAAGUGCAAAGGACAUGGGGUGUGUGACCACAGACUGCAGUGCAGAUGUGAGCCUGGAUGGCUGCCACCAGACUGUGAAAAACAUGCUGAUGAUGGCAUGUCUUCAGUUACAACAAUAGUCAUUGCUGUGGUCGUCAGUGUCCUGGUUGGGAUAGGUCUGAUUGUACUGGGAAUCUUCCUAUACAAACGCAAACAGAGAAGACCAUGUUCAUCCAGCCGUCCAAGCCAUGAGAAAGUUCAUGUUGUCGACAUCCCUGACUACAGACAACAGAGACUGGCCACGCCUGUUCAGAACCCAUCCCCGAUUAUAAAGCCGAAAGUGCCUCCUCCACCACCACCCAUCUCCGUCCAGACCAGGCCUCUACAUAAUGACUUCAAAGAUGCCCGGCAGGCUCUACGACCACCUCCUCCAAGAGUGUAAUGCUUAGCAUCUGUCAAACAUUAGGAAGUGGACAAGACACUCUGGGAUGGUCAGUCACUCCACACCUUGCAGAAGGGAACACAUAUUGGAUAAGACACACUGUGGCUGUAAUAUAGUAACCUCAAAAAAAAAAAAAAAAAAAAGACAUACAGAGGAUGUCUUGAAAGAACUGUCUUGGAAAAUGAGCCAACAGCUUAGCAAAGAGAAAGGGCGAACAAAAGAAAAAUAAAUAAAUGCUGCUAUUACGUGUGCACAAAAUUGGCAUAGAGUAACAUAAAAGGCCAAUAUUUAUUCUUUUUUCCAUUUUCUUUUUUACUGGGAAUUAUAUAUAUAUAUAUAUUAGGCUUUAGUUACAUGUGACACUUUAUUAAUUGAAAGUGUUUGGUUUCCACAGUUUUCCUGAGCAACCACUGGGCGGCGCUAUGAUCAUUAUCAUUCUAAUUGCCUGUUUUCGGUUUCUGGUCUCGAGAUGCAAAAACUACCAAAACGAUAGAUCCAGAUAGAGAACAUCAACAAUUUAAGAGUUAUUUGGAAUAUGAAUGAAAUGCAGGCUCAAAUUGUGCAUUUGUUGGCUUUCAUAAAAACUCAAAGCAUUUAAGGGUGCUAUAAGAUUGACAACAAGCGUUUGAAAUGGGUACUGCAGUCCAAAUUCAAAAUAUUGGAGAGUUGUCUGCCCCGCCACAGACUUGAAGCUCAUGCGGCGUUGCCAGAAUGUUGGCACGCAAAUUAGCCGUUUUAAAUUAUUUCUGUGCUUUGAGCUGUCUCCAUCUUCCAAAGGCAUCUCCAAUAUGUAUCCUUAUUUUACUAAACCUCUGGUCAUGGUUGUUUUUAUGGUGAGGCUUUAUCUUUGGAUAUCUGAUCCAGUUCGUUUUCUGGUUUCCAUAGCUGCAGCACGCAGUGUUGUUUGCCUGCAAACUUAUUCAGAUCUGGCAACCCGGUGGUGUCGAAUUUUAUUGGUGAGUGGGCGGGAUCACACAGGCCAAAACAUGAACAGAAAUUCCGUCCCAGAAUGGAAAGUUCAGUUUAGAAUAUACUUACUGUAGUAUUGUUAUCGGAGAAGCCAGUAUUUCAACUCAGUAUAUUUCCUCAUGCUCUAAUGACAUGUUAUGGUAAUUGUAUUAUUUAGUACAGUAAAAAUAUUACAUAUAGCACCUUUAAUUAAGGUAACUUACCUCGGAUCAUCCAUUAAGGGCAUCUACACACUCGUGAGGAACUGCCAAUAAACAUCUAUAGAGCCACAUGCACUUCUUUUUCUUUUUCUGGACAAAUGUAAAACAUUAACAUCACAUUACCCGCUAAGAAUAAACGCGAUGCAAGUGAAAACACUGGAAACAGGCGAAUCGUGGAACACUUCCGCAUUCACGAAAAAGGUGGAUUAGUUCACAAUUUUUAAACUGCCAUUUGAAGGCAUCUCAGGAUACACUGUGUUCACGAUGUACUUGAUCCCCUAUUUUAUGAACUGCUUCCGUUGUUUUGUCCAAUCUUUUUCAAUUCAUUGGAACAACAAAGCAACUGUAAAAAAAAGUAUUUUGUAAAAAAAAAAAAAAAAGAAAGAAAAGAAAA